GCCGCCCGGCCUCCUGCCUUCCUCCGGAGCUGCGCCGAGCCCGCACUCACUUCUUUCCUCCUCCUGAAUUUGAACCACCGGACCCACCGUCUCGUCUGCCACUCGUGAGGCCUGGGGCGAUGGACCCGUUUACAGAGAAGUUGCUUGAACGAACCCGUGCCAGACGAGAGAAUCUUCAGAGAAAAAUGGCUGAGAGGCCCACGGCAGCAGCAAGGUCUGCACAUGCUAAGCGAGGCAGAGAGCCACUUUCAGAAGCCAAUAAUCAGCAGUCCCUCUCAGGGGGUGAAGAGAAAUCUUGUACGAAACCAUCACCAUCAAAAAAACGAUGUUCUGACAAAAUUGAAGUUGAAGUUUUGGACUUGGAAAAUAAAGAACCUGUUGAGCCAGCUGCUGCAAAACCUUGUUCUCCAAGGCCUGAACCCCCUCAGGCGCAGCCCCCAGCACCAGCUGCCAUCAGUGAUUCCGUGGCUGCCCCAACAUCGCUGCUCAGCAUGGGCAGAGGACUGAACUCAAGAUCAGAAGCAUCUGCCGCCUCCUCUGUUAAAACUCGAAUGCAAAAACUUGCUGAGCAACGGCGCCAUUGGGAUAGUGAUAUAGCAGAUGAUGUAUCGGAAGGCUCACACUUCUCACCAAUGCCAUCUGAGGAAAAGGCUGCUUCUCCUUCCAAGCCACCCCUUUCAAAUGCCUCAACUACCCCAGUUGGGAGAAGGGGCCGUCUGGCCAACCUUGCUGCGACGAUUUGCUCCUGGGAAGAUGAUGUAAGCCACUCAUCUGCAAAGCAAAAUAGUGUACAAGAACAGCCUGGUACCACUUGUUUAUCCAAAUCUUCCUCUGCAAGUGGAGCAUCUGCUAGCAUCAAUAGUAGCAGUGUUCAACAGGAAGCUACAUGCUGUUCCCAAAAGGAUUGCAAUGCCUCUGUCAGUAAAGCUCCAUCUUCAAGUGCUGCCGAUAGAUCAUUGCUUAAAGCCUCGGCGUCCAGCUCUGUGAAAGCUACCUCUUCCCCUGUGAAAUCUGAGACUCUCACCCCCAGUACUAAGAGCUGUGAGGCCCAAAUUCCUGAGAUACUUCACAGAAGCGUUAGUCCUCUGAAAACAGAGGCAUUGAAGCCAAGGGAGAAAGCAGCAUUACCCCAGGCAGUUCAGACCAAAGAGGAAGCAAACAGGGACGUUUGUCUGCAGUCCCAACCCAGAGACAAACCUGCAACACCAGGAGGAAGAGGAAUUAAGCCUUUCCUGGAACGCUUUGGAGAGCGUUGUCAAGAACACAGCAAAGAAAGUCCAAGUUACAGAGCAUCCCAUAGAACCCCCAAUAUCACUCCAAAUACAAAGGCCAUCCAGGAAAGGUUAUUCAAGCAAAACACAUGUUCUUCUACUACCCAUGUAGCACAGCAGCUCAAACAGGAACGUGAAAAAGAACUAGCAUGUCUUCGUGGUCGAUUUGACAAGGGCAGUUUAUGGAGUGCAGAAAAGGAUGAAAAGUCAAGAAGCAAACAGCUAGAAACCCAAAAGGAUAUUCACUGUCAGAAUACUCCCCUCAAGAAACAUCAAGUUGUUCCAAACACCCCAUCAGCUGCUGUAACAGAUAAAGUGGCCGAAAAUCAAACUGCAGUGAAGAUCUCGAGUGCAGAACCUUCAGGUUCCAAUGAAAGUAAAAUGACCAAGUCCAGCCCUUUGAAAAUAACGUUGUUUUUAGAAGAGGAAAAGUCCUUAAAAGUCACAUCAGACCUGAAGGCUGAGCAGGAAACUGAAGUAGUGCGUGAAAUUGAAAUGAAUGUGGAUGAUGAUAUCAAUAGCUCCAAAGUCAUUAAUGACAUCUUCAGUGAUGUCCUAGAGGAAGGUGAACUGGAUGUGGAAAAGAGCCAAGAGGAGCUGGAGCGAGUGGACGCAGAGAACAGCGAAGAGCAGGAAGAUGCACUGAAUAUCUCUUCAAUGUCUUUGCUUAGUCCCUUGGCUCAGACGGUUGGUGUGGUAAGUCUAGAGAAUGUAAUUUCUUCACCCAAAUUGGAGUUAGGAGACACUAGCCCAAGUGCUGCAAGUCCCAAACCCGGAAAAUUCCAGAGGACCCGUGUUCCUCGAGCCGAGUCUGGUGAUAGCAUCAGUUCUGAGGAUCGUGAUCUUCUCUAUAGCAUUGAUGCAUACAGGUCUCAAAGAUUCAAAGAAGCAGAACGUCCUUCCAUAAAGCAAGUGAUUGUUCGAAAAGAAGAUGUUGCUUCAAAAUUGGGUGAAAAGAAUAAUGUCUUUUCUUGUCAAAUUAAUAUCAAACAAAAAAUGCAGGAGCUCAAUAAUGACAUAAAUUUGCAGCAGACAGUGAUCUAUCAGGCCAGCCAGGCUCUAAACUGCUGUGUUGAUGAAGAACAUGGGAAAGGAUCCCUGGAAGAAGCUGAGGCAGAAAGACUUCUUCUGAUUGCAACUGAGAAGAGAGCUCUUCUGAUUGACGAACUGAAUAAGCUGAAGAAUGAAGGGCCUCAGAGGAGGAAGAAGGCUGGUAUCGUGUCUCACAGUGACUUUGUUCCAUCCAAAGGGUCAGUCACUUUGUCAGAAAUCUGCUUGCCUCUGAAAGCAGAUUUUGUCUGCAGCACCGCUCAGAAACCAGAUGCAUCAAAUUACUACUACUUAAUUAUGCUAAAAGCUGGAGCUGACCAUAUGGUCGCCACACCAUUAGCAAGUACUUCAAACUCUCUGAGUGGUGACGCUCUGACAUUUGCCACCACAUUUACUCUGAAUGAUGUUUCCAAUGACUUUGAAAUAAAUGUUGAAGUUUACAGCUUGGUACAAAAGAAAGAUUCAUCAGGCCCUGAUAAGAAGAAGAAAGCAUUAAAGUCCAAGGCUAUUACUCCAAAGAGACUUCUCACAUCUAUAACUUCAAAAAGCAACCUUCAUUCUUCAGUUAUGGCCAGUCCAGGAGGUCUCGGUGCUGUGCGCACUAGCAACUUUACCCUUGUUGGAUCUCAUACACUGUCAUUAUCUUCCGUUGGAGACACUAAGUUUGCUUUGGACAAGGUACCUUUUUUAUCUCCUUUGGAAGGUCAUAUCUGCUUAAAAAUCAGCUGUCAAGUGAAUUCAAGUGUUGAAGAGAAAGGUUUCCUAACCAUAUUUGAAGAUGUUAGUGGUUUUGGUGCCUGGCAUCGAAGAUGGUGUGUUCUCUCUGGAAACUGUAUCUCCUACUGGACUUACCCAGAUGAUGAGAGGCGAAAGAAUCCCGUAGGAAGGAUAAAUCUGGCCAAUUGUAUCAGUCAUCAGGUAGAACCAGCCAACAGAGAAUUCUGUGCAAGACGCAACACUAUGGAAUUAAUUACUGUCCGACCACAAAGAGAAGAUGACCGAGAGACUCUUGUCAGCCAGUGCAGGGACACACUCUGUGUCACCAAGAACUGGCUCUCUGCAGACACUAAAGAGGAGCGGGAUCUCUGGAUGCAGAAACUCAAUCAGGUGAUUGUCGAUAUUCGCCUCUGGCAGCCUGACGCUUGCUACAAGCCCGUUGGAAAGCCUUAAACUGUGGGAACUUUCGUAUCAUGGAGAGGCUUCGCUAGCUGUGUCAAAACGUGUCUUAAGAAGACAUAUAGUUAGGAGCAUCAUUUGCAAGUUGUAUUUUAUGCUUUAGAUAUAAAGGGUCUGUGCAAAUAUUCAUUACAUAUUAUGCAGUAUUUAUUUCCUUUUAUGUAAAACUUCACCUAGUUUCUCUUGCAUUCAUCAGUGUUUGAGAGUCAAUUCAUGGUAAUUGAUUUGCUAAAUCUUAAGAGUCUCAUUUUCUAGACACCUAAUUAGCCAGUUAUUUGUGGCAAAAAAGAAAAAAAAUCGUUAAGUUCUGAGUUGUCUUUUGGAGCUGCAGGUUUUGAGGUGUCAGGUCUCCUGUAGGUCACAAACAGAAACCUCUGGUUUGAUGAUUCUCCAGGCUCAGUGAUUUUUUUUUAAAGGGGGGGUGAUCAUUCAUGGCUUGUGAUAUGGUGUGUAGAGUACUGAACGCACUCUCAGAGGGUUUUGCAGAAACAUGUUUAAUGAUGGAAAUGAGAGAAAACAACAGAAGCUUAUUAGUUUAAUGUGACCUUGGGCUGCUUUCUGGAGAGUUGUGGACAUAGGUGACACUAUCUGAUAUUUGGGGCUAAAUAUUUUAUAUAAAAGCAUUAAGAAUCACAUUGCUUGCAUUCACUCCAUUUCUAUCUAUGCAGCGUGGUGCACAUUUCCAUAGUGUUCAGGCUUUAUUAAAGUUACUUUUUCAUAUAGCUUAGAGAUUCUUCAUAUUAACAUAUUAAUUUUUCUCUUAUAAGAACAAAUAUAAAUUAAAGAACAUUUACAUAAAAAUAUUUAAACUUUUACCAAGCUGCUGUGAACUACUACUUUGCUUGCCAAAGUUCUUGUCUUUUUCUUUCCUUUCAUAUCCAUCUAUGACAGUUUCUAGAAGUGUUUUGAGAUCAUUGACAAACAGUAAGCCAUGUUCCCUUUAAAAGCCCAAUACCUUCUUGCAGUUUAGAAAUGCUGAAGUGCAUGGCUCCGGUUUUCAGUACAGUUUGUUUGUCUUCUCCAACUGUGAUUGAUGGUUUCGUUUAUAAACACUAAAUUCUGUCACCUGCUAUUAUAUUUGUUACUCAUCUAAAUGUCUUUUCUUAUGUAUAUUAUAAAAAUAUUUUAUGACUGCCUACAUAAAUAAAUAAUUGUAAAUGGUCAAAAGAAUCAUUUAUUUAAGAAACACUGUGUGGUGUAAUUUCUUUGUAUGUCUUGGUGGUGUUGACAGUACCUCAUCCAUAUUCUCAUCUCUAGCCUAAUCUUCGUCUCACUGAGUGUUGUGGGGAUUGUUGUUAAUAGAGCAGUAUUCAGCACACUGUGGUGAUGGGAUGUGUAUUUGAAGAGGCAGUGGAUGAGACUGACAGUGAUCUGUAUAUCCCUUACAAAUAUGUAUAGUCUUCUGUAUGAAAAUGUUCCAUAUAUACUAUUUAUAAUAUAAAGAAAAAACAAGUA